AUGGUAGUCAACGAGCUCGUAUCAGACAAGAAACUAGGCGCGGUCCUCCAGACCUCAGGUUACGCCCAAGACCAAGCCGCCAAGCUCCUCCACCUCCUCACCGAAAUUACCCGCGCGGCCGAAGAUUCAGAGUCAGCAUCAGCCUCUUCGCCAGAGCUCCAAGCCGCCCUUUCAAAAGAGCAAAAGCUCCUCCUCACAAACAUCUCGCACCUCCGCGGCCUGCACCGCUCCGCUAACUUCAACGCGAGAGACACAAAAGCCCAGACGGCCGAGGCGCGGCACGAGGUCGACCGCCUGCACCUCCAGCUGCAAAACCUGUACUACGAGCAGCGCCAUCUCGAGGGCGAGAUCGAGGCGUGCGAAUCUUACGACCAUACCUACCAGAAGCUACCUCUCAUACCCGUCGAAGAAUUCAUCGCCGAGCAACCAGAGCACGCCGACGCCGACGAGGACGCCAUGAUGAUUGCGCGCAUCGGCCACGAGCGGGCGGGACGGGAAGCCCUCGAGCAGCAGAGACUCGAGCUGGUGGGAAGGAAGCAGAAGCUCAUUGCCGAGAACAAGAAGCGCAAGGACGACCUGGCCAACCUUGACAAAGACUUGGAAAAGUUCAUCGAUGUAAGUAGCGCUGGAGUCUGCUGGGACCUUCACCUGGGAAGAAUUUCUCAUGCGCCGAUUUCUAACCUUCGUUGGUGUAGGCUGCGAAACCCAUCCAGGAACUCUUCGAAAAGGUUGUAUGAAAGCGAUAAUGGAUGGUUUACUCGUCCGUUGUACGAGCCAAGUCCUCCCGCUGCCGCACGAUUUGCCUCGCAGAAAGAUGUUUUCGGCACCGAAAGGUCGUAUGCUUCAUUGCCCUGCUAGAGGCUUCAACUUCGUAGUACGGCACACCAGCCGAGAAUGCCACACAAGCAGAUGGCCGGAGAGAGUAUCGCAGGCUAAGAUCUGUGGGGAUAAAUAUUCUGCUCGACGUUUCGAUAUCUGCAUCGUCUCUAAAGUCUGCAUCCGGAGCCUUCGGAUGAGGAGUUGACUUGAAAGCCACGAGCAUGCCUACGGGAGUGGGGCUACGGAAGGACGGCAUCUAAGCUCAAAGGUAUUUUUGCGGCAUCACGCAUCCGCGGGCACCGUUCGGCGUUCGAAUCGACCAAGAUGGGCCCGGGGUGGCUCUGUUGCUGACAACGCAGCGCAGCCGCGCGCGCUGCGCCUCUGAGGAGCUGCCGAUGGGAUUUCAGAGAAGAGUGAACAUUACGAACGGGGUCGUAGAGGACCUAAUUGCCGAGGAAAGGCUC